AGUUUCUUAGCCUUGUGCAACAAGAAAGCCCAAAAAGAAGAAGAGAUUGAAAAUGAACUUGGAUCUCUUACCUGAAGAUUGUUUUGCGCACAUUCUAUCAUUCACAUCUCCUAGGGAUGCUUGUUGUACCUCAGUUGUCUCUUCAGUGGUCAGGUCUUUAGCUGAUUUGGAUACAGUGUGGGAGAAGUUUCUGCCAUCUGAUUAUCCAGAGAUUCUCUCCAGAAUAGUAUCCCCAAUGACUUGUUCAUCCAAAAAGGAGUUGUUCCUCAGGUUAUGUAACCCCCAUUUAAUUGAUGAUGGAAGAAAGAUAAUCUCCUUAGAGAAAUCAACAGGGAAGAAAAGCUACGUGUUGAGUUCAAGGGAGCUUUCAAUUUCUUGGGCUACCAAUCCUCUCUACUGGUCCUGGAAACCUCACCAGCAAUCAAGAUUCCGAGAAGUUGUUGAACUCAGAACCAUUUGUUGGCUCCAAAUCAAUGGCAAGUUCAAUACCCAGAUGCUAUCUCCAAGAACUGAUUAUGGAGUCUAUCUCAUUUUCAAAUUUGCUGAUAGGGCUCAUGGACUAGACACUUUACCAUCAGAGGUAUCAGUUCAAGUUGGCAACUUCAAAACGCAAGGCAAAGUCUAUUUACGCCGCCAAGACAAGAGCAAACAAGCUGUAGAGAGUGUUUGCUUUUUGAACCGGAUGACAGCGCCAAGAUCAAGAACCCAAGGAAGAGAUGGAAGCACGAGCUACAGUAGUGCACCUUGUGACCGUGAAGAUGGGUGGACAGAGAUUGAAUUGGGUAGUUUUUAUAAUCAGGGAGGAGCAAACACUGAGGUGGAGAUGGGCUUAAAGGAGGUGACUGGUGAGCACUUGAAAGGUGGCCUCAUUGUUGAGGGGAUUGAGAUUAGGCCCAACUCCUGAGUGGUAGAUUUAUAAUUAAAGGGAAAUUUUAGGGGUAUAGUUGAAAAUACGGUACUAUUAAGCCCUAACCCUAGCUACAAUUUGCCUCUUCAUAAACCCUGUCCCCUGUUUCUCCUUCUUCGUCUACUUGCACGCUCUUCCUGCUACAGCUCUUUAUAUAUCUAGCUCACUUACUGCUUUCAAUUCAAUUCUUUUGCUUUCGAUUUGAAUAAAAAUGUUCUGUUAUUGAAUCCUUUUCUUCUUCUUUUGGCUAGGAUGAUAAAUGUUUUAAUCCCAGCUCAUUAUGAGACCUUUUUCAAGGUCUGGGAAUUGAAUCUAUCCAACAUUUAUCUGAGCCCGUGUUAUGAUUGUUGGUUUAUUCUUUGUUGAUAUUUUCAGACACUUAGAUUGAAUUUGAAUAGAUUUGGUGAUGGGUAAGUUUCUUUGCUUCUGAAUUGAGAAACUGUACUAAUUUCAGAAAUGGUGAUGGAUGAAAUAUAUUUUUGGCUGCGUAUUAGCAUCUGGGUGUACAAAGAUUCAUAUAAAUAAGAGGUAAUUCCCAACUGUGUUGAUUGUUGCA